CAAGAAUUAGAUAUUUACAGCAGACGUUCAUCUCAAGACAGUGUCAUGGAACUCAGUGAAGAAAUUAAUGAAGAAGAUUUAAAGGAAUGUUUCCUGGAUGACACAGACAGCGCAUCACCGACUACCACCUGGAGCACUUAUUUCAGAUAUGUCACCACUCACAAGAGCUUAGUCUUUGUUCUUGUUCUUGUCCUAGUGAUUUUCUUGGCAGAGGUUGCUGCUUCACUGGUUGGUCUUAUGCUUAUAAAGGAAAGUAAUUUACAAAGUAAUUCAACCACCAGUGGGAACUCCUCCAAGGCAGCAGUAAUCGUGACCUCUACCAGUUCUUACUAUGUGUUUUAUAUCUAUGUCGGCGUGGCUGACUCCCUUUUAGCCUUGGGGAUCUUUCGUGGUUUGCCUCUUGUGCACAGUCUCAUAUCUGUCUCUAAGAUCCUA